UACAUAUCGUAUCGAAAGCAUCGUCUGUGGCGUAGCAGACACGGGCUCGUGGCGAAAACGACGACGACCACGUCUCCCAUGUCUCAUCAAGCCUCUGCAGCUCGAUAGGCGCGCUUCUCGCCCGCCAAGGACAACUCAGCCUCAAUGCAGUGACGUAUCUGCAGCUUGCAUGAGCCCCUCCAUCUUUUUGUUGUUUGAGACCUGAUAUACCUACAGCACUUCAGCGACACGACACCUGCGAACUCCUUGAUCCCCGCCAAUCUCUCCUAAGCGCCGAGCCACACAUCGAAAGAGCGUGAUACAGCACAAUGGCUGGCCACCACGACCCCAAACUGCUCUACGCAAUCAAAGGCAUCAAGGCAUACCACAUCCAGGAUGGCCAAGAACAAGACCUCUGUCCAUCUGGCCCUCAAACACUCUCGCUUCUGAUGGUGCCUUGUAAUUCUCCGUUCGCAGAAUUGAGUACGACAGUGGGCCAGAACGAAGUAGACCAGGACUUCUACCUCCACCUCAAUCUUCCGCCAGAGCUCGAUCUCCCUCUUCCAGCCACUACGCAAGUCUACCAUCAACCACCAACGAGUUACUUGAUUCCAAGAUGGGACAUGGGCCCUAGAGCGGGUGCCUUCACGCGCAUCGAGUUCCCAAAGAUUGGCUACGGCGUUACGCAAGAUGAUGUGGACACCUUCGAGACUAUCCUUGCGCAAUGCACUGCUUUUCUAGAGCGAGCAAAGCCGCUACUACCGAAUGAGAAAGGCAGUGGAGUGUACAAUCCAUCCGACUAUGCUCCCGGCGGCAAAUACGCCGUCGAUGAGAAGUCGGGCAGGAAGCAUGGCGAGAUUGUCCUGAUCGACGAGGAUAAUGGCUCGGUGGUCGGCGAGGUUGCAGGCGACGCCCAGGUCAUCGAGGAUUCCAAGCUGCAACCGGGCUCCAAAGAGCCAGUUGAGGUACAAAUAAGCCAGGACGGCAAGCUUAUCGAAGUCCGACCUAUCUCGGAAGAAUAUCUGCGCAUGGCACGCCAUCCUGCCUACAAGGACAGCUCCAUUGUGCAGAACGCGGCUACAGCCUCCCGCUUAAUCGUUACAAGCUCUUCGUUCCUCGGUAAUAUGAUGACCAAGGGCGCUGAGAACUUCUCGCAAAAAACCAAGCCCGUCGCUAAGCCUCUGGAAUUCCAGCCUGCGACCCAUCAGCGAGUACGCAAAGUCUCGACAUUCACACAGUCUGUAGCGCAGACGUCAAAUAAGACUAUUGGUACGCUCGGCGACCAUGUGCAGAAUUUUGCAGCAAGAGCAUCGGGACAUAAGAAGGAUAGACCGCACAAGGGCUAUGACGAGAAAGGUAAUCCUCUCGACAAGAACGACUACAAGCCGGGCUUUCUGAACAAGAGCAUGAUCGCAUUCAGCACUGUUAUGGACGGCAUCGCAGAAGGCGGUAAGACACUGUUGAACACAAGUGGCGCUGCGGCGAGUCACAUGGUCGGUCACAGAUACGGAGAGCAAGCCGGUUCAAUCGCAGGGUCUCUCGCAGGCGGUGUUAAGAAUGUUGGACUCGUAUACAUCGAUGUCACUGGUGUCUCAAGACGUGCUGUGAUCAAGUCAGUUGCAAAAGGAAUGGUUAUUGGAAAAGUUCGCGGCGGUGGCGAGGUCGUCGUCGGCGAAGGUGAUGGAGGAGACCUCUCGGAACAAGACAUUAAGAAGAUGCAAGAGAAGCAAAAUCAAGGUCCCAGUGCAUCUGGGGGCCUACCAGGUGGAUAUCAGCCACAACAGGGCUCUUAUGAUCCUGAUGGAUUUGGCUCAAGCGCUCCGCCCAAGUAUCAAGAGUUCGGACAGCCUGGUGGAUCGAACGUCGGCGAUAAGAAGUACGGCUAGAUUGAUGCGGCGUCCCACAGCCUCUAGAUACCAUGACAGUGAUGAUCGCAUGCGUGUGGAAUAUGCAUAGAUGAAUGAACGACUUUGCUUUUUCAG